AUGAGAGGGAUGGAGUUCGUGACAGCCAUAAGAAACCUCCCAACUGCCAUGAUUUACAGGCUCACCAAUUCCUGGGAUGAUCUCAUCUGGGACUGCUCGUAUCAAGGACAAGACUGCACCGAUGAGAAGUAUUUCGCUCUGACUUUGAGUUCCGACUACGGAAUCUGUUUCAUGUUCAACAGCAAGUUCAACGCCCACGACUCCAUUGCUGGGACGCGGAAAUCGAGUCUCACGGGGAGUGAAUACGGGGUGUCAAAUCGGUCGGCGGGCCGCAUUCCUUAUCUUGCAGAUGCCUGCGGACCGCACCCAUACUUUUUCACCGAAAUUUGUGCUAUCAGUCAAUCCAAGCGGAAAUUUCAAGAACAGACGGCGGGCCGGCUCUCGCUGACAAUGUACCUGGACCAAGACGAUUACAUGUCCAACCCGCUAUCCCAGAGCGCCGGGGUGCGACUGACGGUGCAUUCCGUCGAGGAGCUCCCAAGCCCAAACGAAGAGGGAUUCUACCUCCAACCUACAUCCCAUGCAUCCAUUGCCCUCAAGAUGGUGAACAUCAGUCGGUUGCCAGAACCGUAUCAGCCCAGUUGCUUCUCUUCUUGGGGUCAGACUUACUACAGUCCCUUUUAUCCAUUCAACGAUACGAUCCCGGUCGGAUACAGUGUUGCCCAAUGCAAUCGGUUGUGCGAGAUCAUGGCGUCAGACUAUUACUGCAAGUGCCGGAACCCUAUCUACAUGGACUACUUUCAGAGAUUCGAUUUUGAAUAUUAUGUCCUCCCUUUCUGCGACAUAACUACUGAAAUCAGAUCCGUAAGACACCCGAACUUCGCGCAACAGUCGAGUUUGGUGGCGAAAUUAGGAACGUCCUUGGGUCUCGACACUUCGAAGCCGAACUUCGCGAUCUCGGAAGACGACAUCCAGAGGUACCUCGACACGGUCCAGAAAAAUCUCCUCAAGGCGGACGUCUAUUUCCAGACCCUCAACCUCAAUGUCAUCGAGCAACAGCCCAAACGCGAUAUAAAAAAUCUCAUUUCGGACUUGGGAGGGAUAUUGGGGAUCUACCUGGGCCUUUGCCUCAUCGUCCUCAUCGAGAUCUUCGAAUUCCUCUUUCUCCUCGCCUACAACACUGCCUUGUAUUUCUGCUGCUCGUUGGGUGCAAUCAGGCGAGUCGCAGUCGAGAAUCCGCAAGCAAGACGCGAUUUCCUGUCCAAGCGAUCCAGAUCACUUUCCCCUCGCCAAAACCAUCCCCGGCUCUACAAUCAAUAUCCUCCUCCAAUCAAGCAGCUGGCAGGCUUGCCUCCGGAAUACACGAAUCCUCCAGGGAAAUAUCCAUACAUGAACCCCUUCACUUUUUGAACACUCGUCUGCUCUCACGAGGAUCGAGUCCCCAAACAAGAUUCAGGCGAACGCUACGGACCGUGGACAUGUUUGAAGAGGACGAAUCGCAAGGCGA